AUGACAGCGAGCUUGUACAGAAACCCCCAUCAGUUUUCUUCUCUCUCGAGUGAUAGCUUCCCUAAUCAUCGGAAGCUUCUGAUAAACCUUCUUCCAAAUAUGAUUCACUGCCCCACCCGAACUAGUGGGCCCAACUCCUUUCGGCUGACCAUUAGCAUACUCGAAAACCGGCUGAACCUUAGCCAUAUUCUCCCGAAACUUAUCCUUCUGCUGACCCGAAUAGCUUCUGAGAUGGCCCACGAGCCAACUGGGCCUCAAAGCAUCACUAACCGACAUGAAAACGGAAAAUUCCGAAUAAUCCAAUAUUCCUUCAAAGGGAAGCUCGAUAUUGUCGCUAACGAUGACUGGUAUUCACAGACUUUGGAUGGCGUCAAAAAGUCUACACGAAGUGGGUGUAUCGCCAGCUGGAUUGGCAUUUGGGAAGCCUUCUUCUAUAACGACUCCAGGCUCGUUGAUUAG